AUGUCUCUAGUAAGAGCCCCGUUAACGCUGGUCGCCGCCUAUGGCAUGGGAUAUGCGCUUACGCCCCCCAAUCCCCCUGUCUCUGACGAAGAGCGCCGUGCUUAUCGUACCGCGGAAACUACACUAGGACGUCUGGUAUUGGCAUGGCCAGCGGCAAUCAAGUAUUUGAUUUGGGCAGGCAGUUUAUGCGAAGCGGCUGUGAUAGUUGCACAUAACUUCCCGUACCCACCGUUGACCGACCGCAUCAUCUCUACCUUGCUUCCCGCCGGAAAUUCUGCAGUUUCCCUACAAGUGACUCCGAGCUUGCUGAUUGGAACACUCAUAACCACUGUCGGUGCCUACUGGCGCCACCUAUGCUACCGAACCCUCGGGAGAUUCUUCACGUUCGAACUGUCGAUCCGGAAAGAGCAUCAGCUAGUCACGAGUGGUCCCUACUCCGUUGUGCGCCACCCAAGUUAUCUCGGGAGCAUCGUAGCAUGCACGGGUAUCCACGCUUGCUUGUUCGGACGGGGGUCGCUGUUGCGCGAAUCAGGGUUACUAGAGACCGGAAUGGGGAAGGCUAUCAUCGGAGGAUCAGCGAUACACGCAGCCUUGUUGGUUAUUUUCUUUGCAAGGAGGGCUCGGCAUGAGGACAGGGCGUUGAAACAGCAGUUUGGUGAACAGUGGGACCAGUGGGCCAAGCAGGUGCCGUAUAGGAUCAUACCGUACGUCUUCUGA